AUGGGUGGAGGCGGCAAGAUCCCGUAUCCCAAGGAAGUCUGGUCUCCCGCUGGAGGCUGGUACGCUCAGCCCGCGAACUGGAGGGCCAACACUGCUAUCAUGGGAGCGGUUGUUAUUGGUAUUGCUGCCGUGACAUGGAGCGUUAGUGCCGACCGGGAACGCCGUGACAGAAUGCCAGAACCCGGCAGAUUCUUCCCCAGUCGCUACUGGAGCAAGCAGAUUAUCGAACAUGAGAGACAGCAAACUGCGAAGCAGGAUUCAUAA